AUGGCGUCGGCGGGACAAUCCAAAUCCGCCCCGAUCACCGGCGUGGCAGCCGCGAGUCCGUCCACCGAGCAGACGCACUACACGUCCGACCGAUAUGCACGACUUAUCCUCGCCCAGAUUAACAAGAUGCGCCUCCGGGCGGAUUUCUGCGAUGUGCAGUUGCAAGUCGGGGGCCGCCUGUUCAGCGUCCACAGGCUGGUGCUUGCGGCCAGCAGCCCCUACUUCGCGGCGCUCUUCGCCGGGGGCAUGAGCGAGGUCGACAAGAAGGAAGUGCGCAUCCUGGGAGUAGAAGCGGACGUCUUCGAAAUACUGCUUGAUUUCAUAUAUACGGGUAUGAUCGACUUAAACGUGGACAGUGUACAGGAGCUGAUUGUGGCUGCGGACAUGCUGCAGCUCAGUGAGGUGGUGUCCAUCUGCUGCGAGUUCCUCAAGUCCCAAAUGGACCCUUCCAACUGCAUAGGAAUAUAUCAGUUCCUGGAGCAGAUCGCAUGUCUGGACAUGCUGGAAUUCACAGAGAACUACAUCUGUGUGCACUUCCUGGAGGUCUGCGUGUUGGAGGAGUUUCUGGGUCUGACAAAGGACCAGCUGGUGAAGUUGCUCCGCAGCGAAGAGCUCCGCAUCGAGGACGAGUACCAGGUGUUCACGGCCGCCAUGGACUGGGUGCUGCAUGACGUGGCCAAAAGGAAGAAACACGUGGUUGAGGUUCUGGACCCUGUGCGUUUCCCGCUCCUGUCCCCACAGCGUCUCUUCAAGUACAUAGAGGGCAUUUCCGACUUCAGUCUGCGGGUGGCGCUGCAGACACUGCUCAAAGAGUUCACUGAAGUCAGCAAGUCGGUCAAGGAGAGCAAGCUGAUUGGCUUGCUGCAGCCUGUCAAAACCCGGCCCAGGAGGAAGGCGAGGAAGUAUCUCUACGCUAUAGGGGGCUACACCCGGCUGCAGGGGGGGCGCUGGAGCGACAGUCGGGCCCUGAGCUGCGUGGAGCGCUUUGACUCUUUUAGCCAGUACUGGACCACUGUGUCGUCCCUGCACCAGGCUCGCAGCGGACUGGGGGUGGCCGUGCUGGAGGGCAUGAUCUACGUGGUGGGAGGUGAGAAAGACUCCAUGAUUUUCGACUGCACAGAGCGCUACGACCCGGUGACCAAGCAGUGGGCCGCUGUGGCCUCUCUGAAUUUCCCGCGUUGCGGGGUGGGCGUGUGUUCCUGCCAUGGGGCGCUCUACGCCCUGGGAGGUUGGAUUGGCUCUGAGAUUGGGAAGACCAUGGAGCGGUACGACCCAGCCGAAAACAAGUGGGAGAUCAUCGGAAGCAUGUCCGUUCCUCGCUACUACUUUGGAUGCUGCGAGCUGCAAGGGUUUAUCUAUGUCAUCGGGGGAAUCAGCGACGAGGGCAUGGAGCUGCGCUCGGCAGAGGUAUACGAUCCCAUCUCCCGCCGCUGGAGAGCCCUGCCUGUCAUGGUGACGCGUCGAGCCUAUGUGGGCGUGGCCAGCCUCAACAACUGCAUCUAUGCUGUUGGGGGCUGGAAUGAGGCUCUGGGCUCCUUGGAAACAGUGGAGAAGUACUGUCCAGAAGAGGAGAAGUGGGUGGAGGUGGCCCCCAUGACCGUGGCACGGGCUGGGGUGUCCGUGUCUGCCGUUAACGGCCUGCUUUACGCAGUGGGGGGGCGGGCCUCCAGCAGAGACUUCAGCGCCCCUGUGACUGUGGAUUCUGUGGAGAUCUAUGACCCCGAUUUGGACACCUGGACUGAAAUCGGCAACAUGAUCACCAGCCGCUGUGAUGGGGGUGUGGCUGUGCUGUGAGAGCUGAUGGCCCCCCCCUGAAGAGGCUGAGAUGUGAACCCCCCCCCCCAAGGCAGUCACACUCCCAUUCACCCACUAGUUAGCUGAGUGCUCAGUCAUUACAGACCUUCAGAGACCAUAUCCACAUCUGCACCCAGCAUUCUCGGCCGCUUGUGGAACACAAUACAGAUACAACAUGGGGGAAUGUAUCCCGAUGCAGAGGAUUACAUUCUGUCGGCCCUGAACAACUCAAUCAGACAUUGAUACCAAUGGGAAAUGUAUUGGGUGUGGAAACCGCUAUUGCAAUGUAAUUGAUGUAUGGCUUGAUUUUGAACAAGGAAGCUAAUGAUUUUGUUAGAUCCCUUGUUUACUUGAUACUUUGUAUUUUUAAACAUUGUUUAAAUUUCCCCAGCUUGCCGCUGAAAAGGGGAAGUGCUUGUGAUGUGACUUGCCUUCAACUGGAUCCCUAAGUCUGUUUGCGCCUUAGUUGUGGAGGGUCUGUUUUGUUUUUUUAAUAUCUUUCGCUUUUGAAAGAGUGGUUUUAGUUGGAUAUGUGAUACUGGAUGAUGAUUGACCACAGUCAGAGGGAUGGGUUGGGUCCGGCUGGUGUUUGGUCCAGUUAUUCUUGUUAAUCGCACUCUGUGUUUUUGGUUUGUUGAAAAAGAAAUCUCUUUACGCUAAUAUUUUAUGUGAAGUCCGAUAUGGAUGCAGGAUGCUUUAUGAUUGAUUUUUCUGGUCUGCUGUUUAGACGGUAUGAUAAUGUUUGUCGUGUAAAAUGUUACAGCAAACAGUACAUAUCCAACAAUGAUCAUUGAUGAAUGCCAAAUUUUUUAAAUAGUCAAAAUGAGAUAAAAUACCAUAUCAACUGCCUUAUGUACAGUUGUAUAGAUGCACUGUUAUAGUGGUUAGAGAAUUAUGUAUUUUGCUACUGGAGGUUACAAUUACUAAUUGUUUGCAUUUUGAUAUCUCAAAAUGAACAAACCUAAAAAUAGGUCUAAAACGUCCACAUCUAAAAAUUCUUGGUUUACAGUGCAACACAUACAGAACAAUUCGAGGACACGUGAUAUGAAAUGUAAAUGCGAUAUCGGUUUAUAAAUUAUUUUAACCUGCAGCCCGACAAUGAUUUCAAGGAGUAAUUCUGGAGGACUGUAGAGGGGUACAAAUCAAUGGAUACAAAUGAGUAUUUUCACUGUAGAGGAGCACUGUAAACUGUGGGACAAGAGCAGUAGGACUUUGUGUCUUUAGAAUGCACACUGGACCAUAAGACGAUUGAAGAGAACAGUAAAUGUCAUCCUACUUGUUUCGUAAUUAAUACGUUAACCAACACUGCAUUUGAAAAUUAAACAUCCUGCAAAAGGACCAACUUA